AUGCCCGCAACAAUCCCCCAGAACAAGUUUGACUCAAUCCCCGACUCGAUUGAGGCUUUCCGAAAUGGAGAGUUCCUUGUCGUCCUCGAUGAUCCUUCCCGCGAGAAUGAAGCCGAUCUGAUCAUUGCUGCUGAAGAUAUGACAACCGAGAAGAUGGGCUUCCUCAUCCGCCACUCCUCUGGUUACGUCUGCGCUCCUCUCUCCCCCGAACUCACCACUUCUCUCGAUCUUCCUCAGAUGGUUCCCAACAACCAGGACACCCGAGGAACAGCCUACACCAUCUCCGUCGACUCAGCCGACCCUUCUGUCACCACAGGAAUCAGCGCUCGUGACCGCGCGCUCGCUUGCCGAACACUCGCCGACCCCAAAGCCCGUCCCGAUAGCUUCCGCCGUCCUGGCCAUGUCCUCCCUCUGCGAUCUCGCCCUGGUGGUGUUCGAGAGCGACCUGGCCACACCGAGGCUGCUACCGAGUUCUGUCGACUGGCUGGCAAGGUCCAGGCUGCGGCUAUUUGCGAAAUUAUUGACGAUGGCGAGGAGACCCCAGGCCAAGCUCUUGUUCAAAACCAUGGCAUGCUGAGGGGCGAGGAUUGUAUCACUUUCGCCCGCAAGUGGGGUUUGAAGGUCUGCACUAUUGCUGACUUGGUGGCCCAUGUUGAGAAGACCGAGGGAAAGCUCGAGGCCAACGGUGCUGAGUCCAAUGGCAACUAA